AAAAAGGAGGGGCAUGAUGAGCAACUCGAUCAGAGACAUUUUCCAGUACAGCAAGGAAUAUGACAUGUCCAAUGGAAUUCCAUUGAAACACAACAAGUACAACAGAUACUUCCGUGAUAGCACCAAGUACGACCUCGAUUACUUCGGUCUCACGUUUUCACAGCGUCUUGGUUGUUUCUUUGUUUUUCUCGUAGCUGCGUUUUUGUCGUUCAUUUACAGCCUGUUCAACAUUCUUGGUGCCAUUGUAAGCCCAGCAAAGUUCGCGCUGCCCUACGCUUUCUCCAACUUCCUGUUCUUCACGAUGAUAGGAUUCCUUGUGGGAUUUAGAAAGUACUUCAAGAGCACCUUCUCGCAGAACAGGUGGAGGUACACCACGACGUUCCUUGUGUGCACGUUCUUAACCAUUUACAGUGCGAUGAAGAUAAAAAGCUAUUUCUUCAACUUUACGAUGGCUAUAAUGCAGAUAGGAUCGUUUGUUGUGUUUGCCAUCACAUAUUUGCCCAAAGGAACAGAGAGACUUGGAGAUGUCUUAAGAUUCGCACUUUCGAAGAACUGAGUAUGUAAUGUGCUGCACGAGGUAAAAUAAAAAGUUCUUAAAGUAGAAAUUUAAGUUGCUUGAUGAUGAAGCUACCAUACUUUGUAACAAGUAAGCGUGUCUGUUGACAGCACUUGGUUUUUCUGUCAGACUGUUCAUGCUUGAUGGCUAUGCUUCUAACCCUGGUACUUUUUCAUUAAAACUUUUUGGCACA